AUGCCUUCUAUACAGUUUCCACGCCGAUGCUUACGCUACUGGCUGUCUGUAGUUCUCACCGUGCUGGGUGUGGCCGUGGUGUAUUUCGUCACUCGCAUGAACUGGGUCUCUCACCGAGAGGAGCAUGAUAUCGCGCAAUGGCGAACAGCAAGCAUUGUCUCUGAUUCCGGCGAAACGAAUGCCACCGGAUGUGCACACUUUGAUGGAAUGGACAAGAUACUCGUUAUCCUGAAAACUGGCGCUACAGAAGCUCUCGAAAAGGUCCCUAUACACCUCGACACCACCCUCCGGUGUGCACCACACUAUGCCAUAUUCUCAGAUUAUGAAGAAGACGUUGCCGGAGUUCGUACACGGGAUACCCUGGGCAGUGUUAGUGAGGAAACGAGACAGACGAAUCCUGAUUUUGGAAUAUACAACCGGCUGCGGGUUUAUGGUCGGGAGGGUCUCACGCCGGGUGACUGGGCGGAUGAUGAGAAUGGGCCAUACGGAAAACCUGGGAAUCCAGGGUGGAAGCUCGAUAAGUGGAAGUUUUUGCCAAUGAUAGACGAGGCGCUCCUCGUCAAGGGCGACGCACAGUGGUAUGUCUUCAUCGAGGCGGAUUCAUAUGUCAUCUGGCGGAACAUGGUCCAGUGGCUGUCACGGCUCGACGCGGAGAAGCCUCUUUACCUUGGUGCUCCGAUGCAGAUGGGGGGUGAAGUCUUCGCCUAUGGUGGCGCUGGAAUAGUGCUCUCGAACCCUGCCAUGCAGCUGGUGUCUCAGUACCGCGCCGACAACUUUCCGAAUAUUGAACGCCUGACUGCGGGUGGCUGGGCAGGAGACCACGUUCUUGGUAUGGUAAUCAAAGACACUGGUGUGCCACUUGUGCAUUCGUGGCCACUGCUGGUGCCGGUACGCGUGUGGGAGUUUGGGUUCUUCGCUAUGGUGAAUGGCUGCAAUCCGUGGUGCUAUCCUGUCGUUUCAUAUCAUCACAUGUCUCCCCAGGACAUUCAGGAUAUGUGGCUUUUUGAGCAGCAGUGGUUCAGACUCAGGGAUUCCGUCCUGCUGCACAGGGAUGUCUUUCAGUGGUAUGCUUACGAUGCAAUUACAUCGGAAAAGGACAAUUGGGACAAUUUUUCCUCGGACAAUGAGUCGGAAUCGAGUCACAGCGAUUUGCCAGCGACUUUUGACGACUGUGCACGGAAAUGCUCUCUGAUAACCGACUGUCUCCAGUUCUCCUUCUCUGGCAAAGGAUGUUUGACAUCUACUAGAGUUGUCGGAGGCAUCCGUCGACUAGGAUACAGCUCAGGAUGGAUGACGUCUCGCGUUAAAGCGCUCUUGAAGAACACACCAAAAUGUUCCAAGGUAGGAUUCGUCACCACAUAA